UUCAUGUGUUCAUGUCCCCAGGGAGAUGGUGAAUGCCUGGUUUGGUGAGCGCGUCCACUUCAUCCAACCAUCAAACUCUAAAGAAAUCCCUCCAACGCCACAGUGGGUGCAGCAGUCCUGCACAGAGUCUGCCCUCCCACCAGCCCUCAGCCUGCUGGACACCCGCUGCCCCUCCCCGUCCACAGCCCUGAGUCCAGCUCCUGGAACCCCGACACGCAAAAUCUCAGCAUCUGAGUUUGACCGGCCGCUCAGACCCAUCGUGGUGAAAGACUCAGAGGGCACCCUGACCUUUGUCAGUGACACUGACCGAGAAGCGGUUCCUGUGCGGGGCUCUGUGAUGGGUGAGGGCGGAGUCGGCAACAGAGACAGCAGGACCAGAAGUGGCAGUGAGGGCGAUCGCUGCAGCCGACUUCUGGAGCUGGUGAAGGACGUGUCCAGCCAUCUGGAUGUGACACUACUCUGCCACAAGAUCUUCCUGCACAUCAACGAACUGAUUGCUGCUGACCGCUACUCUCUGUUCUUGGUGGGGGAAGACAGCUCCAACAAGAAGUUCUUGGUGAGCCGCCUGUUUGAUGUUGCCGAGGGAUCCACCCUGGAGGAAUCGUGCAGCAGCUGUAUCAGGCUUGAGUGGAACAAAGGCAUUGUGGGACAUGUGGCAUCAACAGGUCAACUGCUCAACAUCAGGAAUGCUUACGAGGACCCCAGGUUCAAUGCUGAGGUGGACCUGAUCACGGGUUACAAAACUCACAGCAUCCUGUGCCUGCCCAUCAAGAACCACAGAGAUGAGGUAAUGCGUUCCAUACACUACAUGCAGUGCUUUAAUUUCACAAGUUCACUUCCGGCGUGGUAA